AUGACGCUGCCUCAGCUGAGAAACCCGUACGACGAGCCGAUGCUCAUACGCCGCUCCUCCAUACCGACUGUCGGUCAGACCACGAAACACAUCUUCCGAUCUCGCAGACUCCGUAGGAAGAAGCACACGCUCGUAGAUCCUGCUGUCCCUCUGGCACAGAUUGACGAAGAGCCGACAGCCCCAAGCGAAUCCAAGGGCCACUCGGACCAAGACAUUCUAGAUACAGUGCUACCCCCGAAAUUGCCAGCUUAUCUCGAAUUCCCAGAGUAUGAUGGUAUGAGUGACUACUCUGUGGCCGAAGAAGCGGCCAAAACGCUGUGGAAAUCGGAAAUCAAGAGACUUCUGGAACAUGGCGUCAAGACAGAUCGCCCGCUUCGGUUCGAACACGACACAUUCCUCAAAGGCAUAAGCAAGACGGGGCAUGAUCUGAUGUCCGACCUAUCGACACAGCUUCUAUCGGUCGCGACACUGUGCCAGCUGGACAAUGAAUGCAUCACUUUGGAGUACUGCAGUCCGUUGAGCAGCCAAACAAACAUCCCAAAGUUGAUGAGGCAGGCUAGCAUCAGCCAGCAAAAUGACCACAGCGACGAGGAUGGUGAUGCUCAGCAACAUCUACACGAAUACGAGAGUAGGCUAGAAGCGAGCUUCAGGCUGAUUGACUACGUUUCCGCGGUUCUGGCAAGGCUGAUCAGUACAACGGCGACCGGAAGAUACUGGCAGCAUAACCUCAUCGGCGUCAUCGCAAAGCGGGCUGCAAAGAUGAAAAUCUUGCUGCUCGACCUGAAGACCCAUGCUCCCAUCAUCAUUGGCAAGGCUAACGCGGCCUAUGAAAGAAAAAGCUCGCUGGAGGACCAAGGCGAAACCGACGAGAACUUUCUGCGAAACCUUAACAACAACGCGCGGGAUGACCUCACUUCACGGGAUGACUUUGCACUGAUAAUGCAUUGUGCUCACCAGGCCAAGUUUCGCGUCGGAAUCGACAAGGCGUUUAGAAACACACUGUUAUCAUUGCGGUCUUUGGACUUAUCAGGUCGUCCGGCAACAUCGUAUGAAAUGUGUGCCGUGGUGUAUGAGACGGGAUUUGAGGGCUUUAAAUCACUGCUCUUCCAAGAUAGAGAUUUUGAAUUCUCGGCCACUUCGAACCUUGACAACCUCAAUACGGUUCAUUCUGCAUUCAAAAAUUUGAAUCAGACGGUCGAAUACCUCCGUGAUAGAAUCAGUGCGCCCCCCGGGGCCAACAACCAAGAAAGGCUUAAGAUCACCAUUGAGUGGGUCUACAAAGAUGCGGGUCAGGUUGAUGCUAGCCGGGCGACUGAAUUGAGCGGAUCGGAUCAGUUCGAUCUCUCGAGCCAUGCGAGAGAGACAAUAGACUUGAAGUCUAUGGCAGACAUUGUCACGGUCAUGAUCCUUCUCACCACAUGCAGCCCGGCAGUUGUCGAUCUCAUCACAGAAACCAAGGGGUUGAUGGCACUCACCAGCGAUGCGAAUGACGUGGUUGACCCACUGCCAACGAGGCAGUUCGUUGCCUUCUUCUGCAUGACGACAGAUGAGUUUUAUUCGCGGCCGCAGACUACGACAUUGAGCCUGUCGCAGGCCAUGAAGGCAGGCGUCUUCUCUCGGUACAGCCUGAUGACCAGAUCCAACAGGGACAAGAACGACGACACGGAUGCCUGUAAGCUCGCAGCCGAGUAUUCUCGGGCGACGACCCGAAAGAUGCGGUCUUGGGUUGUUGAUGAAAAUUCGGUAACGGUCGUGUGCCAGAGGUACGUUUGGACCGUCAUGACUGCGGCCUUUGCCUUGGCAGGAGGCGGGCUGGCCAUCGCCUUCAGCGUCGGCGAUCGCAUCCAUUCGGUCGACCCGUCCAACAUGGCCACGUACGCCUGGGCGCUUGCAGCGUUCCUGAUGGUGAUUUGUAAGAACCUGCUGGUCGCGAACUGGCCUUGGAACGACUUCUUGCACAGCCGCGUACGUUGCCGGUCCGUAUUGGAGCUUGCGGCCGUCACGGACAUCAACGAGCAACUGAUCAUGGCGAGGCUCCUGAACGACGAGGCGGGAGGAAGCCUGCUGAAAACACGCGGCCCGUAUAACUCGGUCUUCAACAACCAAUCUUCUGAUGGCUUCUCCAUCGACUGUCCACUAAGCAACAAUACCCUGCUGCUCAGCGGGCUCACGCUCCUGAUGGUGGCCACGCCCCAAGGCCGUGCGUUGGUCUGUCUUGACGGUCGGAGAGGCACGGACCUGGUGGCGGUGGAGCAUCGCGGAACAAGGAAUUCGAACCUUCUUGUCUGUGAUGAUUUCAACAAGUUGGCGAACAAGGCGACGGAUGCCCGUCUCAUGGUCAAGGGCGAUGGCGAGGAACUUGAGACGUUACACCUCAGGAGAACUGACAGCGUCGAGUGGAACAGAAUCCAAGGCAUCUACAACGGCGAGCAUGCGGUAUUCGUUUGA